GGGUCCCACUUCCGAGUCCCGAUGCCCGGCCUCUUCCCCUCCGUCCUCCACCCCCCACACCCAUGCAGCCCCGGGGCCCAGAGCUAGGGCCCAGUGAGGGGCAAGGGGGUGCCUGGCACAGAGCUGUCUCCACGAAUGCCUUUGCUCUCCUACCAGACCAGGAGCACAUGGCUGAGGCUGUUGGGUUUUCCCCUUCGGCAUUUUCUCUACAUUUGGAGUGGUGGGCUGCAGAAACGACUAGAAACUCCACGAACCUGGGCUGCUUUCAGAGCUGUGGGAGGCUCUGGGGUGGGAUGCAGGGCGGGAAGGAAGUGGCCAGGGCUCUGCCGAGUGGUCACGAGGCCUCCUGGCUGAGCACACUGGUUCCUGGGAGGCUGCUGGCAAGCUCCCGGGGUCCCCCUCCGCCCUCACCACCCUGCCCUCCAGGCUGAUGACAUCAGGAAGUAGCCAGUGAGGGGCAGUGCAGGCCAGUGCCCUGGUGAUCUGGGAAGGAGACCGGCAGGUAGAGGAGGGACGGAGUAGCUGGGAAAGGGGUAUGGGAAACCACCCUAGUAUCCCAGGCCUUGGGACACAAGGUGAAUUUUCUGGAACAAACUUUGGGAGCCAUGCUGUGAUACACGUAGACAUGGCAGCAGAUCCGGGCCACGGGGCUGCCAAAGAGAGGGUGUGGCUUUGCUGGAACUUCGUGGGGAAAAUUAGUCUGGAAGUGGCUCCUUCCUGAGAGCUGCCCUUGCCAGGGAUUCUAAGCCGGGCAGGGACAGAAUAAAAGGCCCAGGCUGUGGUCUUUGAGUGAACUGGGGAUUGGGGCUCCCUACCCCUGGGGAUCUUUCAGCCCACUCCUUCCUGUUUCAGAGAUCUCUUCCGUGGAGCUGCAUGGAUUGCGUCGUGGAGUCAGUCUGGGGGGCUGGGGAGAUUUGCUGGCCUCCGGACUCCGUUUUGGGAGCAUUUCCUAGCCACAACCCCGUUCUGGCCUCUCCUGGGACUAACAGUGGGAGAAGCUUCUUUCCUCCGCGCCUUUGCUCUGGGAUGGUUCCACCCCCCGCAGGAAUGAACUGUGCCGGGACUUGCUGGAACCCAAGGAGUCCCACUUGCAUAAGGGAAAACUGAGGGCUUCACUCCUAUCUAUCCACAACCCUUGUGAUGGCACUGAAUGUUUGCUGCGGGGUCCGUCUCAUUCGGUUGUAGUCACAAGGCCCCCACUGGGCCCAGGAGCCCCGAGGCCACUCUGGAAUGGCCUAAGCCAUGCAGGCCCUUCUGCUUAUCUCUAACCUUGGCUGAGUUGGCCAUAGCCUUGUGGAAGUCCCACUCCAGAGAGCCUGGGGCCCUCACUCCUGACCCCCUGGGCAGCCUCCCGCGCUGCCACACGCGCUCACCAUCUCCUCCCCAGAUUUGCUUUUUCGUUCCUGACGGCGGUCUGGGGAGCCAGUACGGAGAUCCACCUGCCGGCCAGCCCUGGCCCUGGCUGGCGCAUGAAACUUGAGUUGCUGGAGCAAAACUGACCUGCCUGGCUGUGAUCCCUCCCCCUUCCCCUGUGGCUCGCAGCACUGGGACCCCUUGACCCACCUCUCCCAGGAGUCUGCUCUCCUUUCUGUUCCUGGUUUAAAUAGGGUAGAGUCAUUAGAUCUUGGCUCCACGCAGCCUUAGGCAAUUUACUUAAAUUUCUCUGGGCCUCAAGUCCUUCAUCUGUAAAAUGGAAAUAACAAGACUGGCUCCAUGGCCUUGUGGAAGCUGACAGAGAAGAUGCCUGGAUGCAAAGCCUGGCCCGGCGGAGGCCUCAAAUACCGGUCACCUCCUCAUCGGAGAAGCUUGCAAGAGUUUCCUAAUUGGUACUUGAGUCUUAUUUCUCCUCCAAUCCAUCUCCAGGCAGAGGUCAGACAGGUCUCGCCUCCUCGUGGAGGAACCUUCCCUGGCUCCCUGAUGCCUGGCAUUUGCUUCGGCCACAGUGUACCUUCUAGUUCACUGCAGCUCUUUGUGCUCUGAUGUGCUCCUGGCUCUUGUGUAAUGCACACACGCACACACAUGCGUGCACACGCAUGCACUCAGGCAUUUGAAACAUGUUUAAGAAUGGACUCUGGACUCAGUGACCCCAUGACCUGUGACCCUUCUCCCGACUAGGGUUGAAGGACCUCUAGGCUUUUCUGCUGAGGGAGACUGUCCAGCCCAGGACCCCUGUUGAGCAGGAUGGAAACAAAACCCCCUGUCCAAACAGAAGUCCUGGGAGGUGGUGCCUGCUGGACGGCUGGACAGACAGAUGUCAGGAUUCUAAGGGAGGGCCCUGCCCCUGUUGGAGCACCAGUCAGAAGCCUGGUUGCCCCUGCUGGCCGCGGGGGCACCCCUAAUUUUGCCCUCCCUUCCCCCAAGCCCCUCCUACUAGGGUCAGCGUCCUCGUGCCUGACAUUGAGUUAACAGUCUGCCUGGGGAUUUCAUGAUGGCUAAACUCAUGGGCAGGAGGGAGGUCAGUGUCCCCUUGCCUUAUAUGGGGGGUAAGCAUACAGAACGUUUACCCUUCCUGCUCCUGAAAGUGGGGGGCAGCCAUAGCCCACCUGCAGAGUGCUGGAGAGGGGCUCCCCCUGUUUAGUCCCACUUCUGGAUAAACCAGAGUGCGCUAAUGGGACCCCCUCAAUCACGCACCUCUUCCAUCUCCCACUUACCCCUCUCCAAGAUGUGAUAGUAACUCCUGGACAUUCCCUUUACACCCCGCUAGCAUCUCAGAGUUGGAGCCAAGUCGGCAGCAACUCCUCCCUUUGGGCCCAGCUCUAGGGAGAGAAAGGGGCGUGUGUUCCUUUAAGGGGCUGGCCCGGCGGGAACGCGGGGGUUUGUCCGCAGCCGCUUCCUCUCGGGCCAUUCAAGAUCCCCCAAAUCCGCCCGCUUCCUCGCACCCGGACAGUCCUGGGCUGGGAGCGCUCCAGCUGUCCAAGAGCCGCCUGGGGACGGCUUUGUUGGCUUGCUUCUGGCCCAGCUUGCCUGUGGGGUGCAGUCCCCCGAGGGCAGGGACCUGGACUCGCUCCCCUCUGCCCUCGGUCUUCUCGGCUCUGAGAACAGGAACUGCCGGGCAGAAGAUGCUCCGUAAUUACCUGCUGACCUGCCCCGGACACCCCGGCGCUGCAGCCGUGCCUAGCGCCAUGGGCCCGCUGCUCCUGGUCCUGCUGUACCCGCUGCCCUGUGUCUCGGGCCUGCCUUUCUACAAUGGCUUCUACUACUCCAAUAGUCCCAACGGCUGGAACCCGGGCAACGGCCACGGCGAAGGCGUCUUCAAUGGGGUGAAGCUGGUGGUAGAGACAACCGAGGAGACCCUGUUUUCCCACCGGGGGGCCAACGUGACCCUGCCCUGCUGCUACCACUACGAGCCGGCCCUGCUGUCCCCGAGGCCCGUGCGCGUCAAAUGGUGGAAGCUAUCGGAGAAUGGGGCCCUGGAGCAGGAUGUGCUGGUGGCCAUUGGGCUGAGGCACCGCUCCUUCGGAGACUACCGCGGCCGGGUGCGCCUGCGGCAGGACGGGGAGCGCGAAGUGUCGCUGCAGAUCCGGGACCUGCGGCUGGAGGACUCCGGGCGUUACCGCUGUGAGGUCAUUGACGGGCUGGAGGACGAGAGCGGCCUGGUGGAGCUGGAGCUGCGGGGUGUGGUCUUUCCCUACCAGCACCCCUGGGGGCGCUACCAGCUCAACUUCCUCGAGGCCCAGCGGGCGUGUGCAGAGCAGGACGCGGUGGUGGCCUCCUUUGAGCAGUUGUUCCGGGCCUGGGAGGAGGGCCUGGACUGGUGCAACGCAGGCUGGCUGCAGGACGCCUCAGUGCAGUACCCCAUCGCGCGCGCCCGGCAGCCCUGCGGGGGCCUGGGCCUGGCUCCCGGCGUGCGCAGCUACGGCCCCCGCAGCCACCGCCUGCACCGCUAUGACGCCUUCUGCUUCGCUCCGGCCCUCAGGGGGCAGGUAUACUACCUGGAGCACCCCAAGAAGCUGACCCUGGCAGAGGCAAAGGAGGCCUGCCGGGAAGACGGCGCCCACAUUGCCAAGGUGGGCCAGCUCUUUGCUGCCUGGAAGUUCCGUGGCUUGGACCGCUGUGAUGCCGGCUGGCUGGCGGAUGGCAGUGCCCGUUACCCUGUGGUUCGCCCGCGUCCCAACUGCGGGCCCCUGGAGCCCGGUGUCCGAAGCUUCGGCUUCCCAGACCCGCGGAGCCGGGAGUAUGGCGUAUAUUGUUACCGGCCCCGCUAGGGGUCCCGCGCCUCCCCUCUCGCGCUGUAUUUAUUGAGUGGUUCAUUUUCCCUUGCAGGUUGGGGCAAUUUUUGUGUUGUUUUUAUACUUCCCAAGUUAAGUUUUUUUAAAUUACUUUUUUUUUUUUUUUUUGGUAAAUCCAGCUUUCCAAAUCCUCCCUUUGUUCGGGUGGACGCCCCAAGGCUCCCCCGUUCCAGGAAUCCCUCUGCCCCUCUCCUCUAGGCCAGUAGAGGUUCGUGGGCUCACAAGGGCUCUCUACUGUCACUGAACGCAGCCCCUCUCCCUGUCUCCCAGUGACACGUGGUGGCUGUCCCUGCCCCUCCUCCUCAGCCUGGGAUGGGGGGCAGGGUGUCCAGGGGGCCCUGGAGCUGGGCAUUGCGGUCUCCUGCCUCCUCCUCUGAGAAGCUGCUGGCCCAGAUCAGGGCAGCUGAGGGCUAGGGCUGGAAGCGGGUCCCUAGGCUUCUGCGUGAAGUCCCAGGAAAGGGAGAAAUUUCUCUCCCCAUUUUUUCCUUCUCUCUCCAAAGAGUCUGUAUUUUGUUCUCCUUUUUCCCUGCUCAGGGAGUGGCCCUCAGGUGUGUGUACUUUCUUUGGACAAUAAAUGGUGCUGUGACAUGCCCCCCCA